AUGAUGAAAGAUUAAGAUGUGUUAGAAUUUCAUGAUUACAAAUAGUCAGUUCUACUUAAGAUGUUACGGAUCUACUAAGAAACCUACAGUGAUUGUGAUGGAGAUCGCAUUAUUGUGGAAGCCUACAAUACCAAAAUCAGUAAGCAGGAUCUGGACAAUUUCAUAGUGGAUCCCAAUUUUGAGUUGAGCAUUCAACUUGUUAUUCUCUAUCUCAAUUACAUAAUUAAAUAUAAUUAGAUAACUCAGAAGAUAGCUCCUUACUUUUUGAUUAUAACGAGUGAGGAUUACAAUGUAAACUAUAAUUCACAUAAUUCAAGCCAUCCUUUGGGAAUGUCAUAUUGUACGAUGGUUAAUUGAUCACUCAAGUGCCUCUGUCUAAAUUCAAGUAUGAUGGUAAUAAAUAAAAUGCUCCCAUUGUAAUAUUGAUGAGAUGUAAAAACAAAUGGAACAUGAUAAUUUUGGAAUUACAGCCAUGGAUUAUUGAUUUUAGAACAGACAAAAACACUAGUUUUAAUGCAAUAUCUGCGUUUGCUUCUCAAUUCAUAUUGGAUACUUUUGGGAUUUAGAUCAAGAAUUUCAAUGAUUUUAUGUUGGAUUACGAAUAGCCAGGAGACCAGGGCGAUUUGAUAGUGUAUGCCAUAUAUAAAGUGUUUGUGAUGAAUCUGGACCUAAUGGGAGACACUAUUCUUACGAAGAAUGAUUACACCACAGCCAAACGCAAAUUGUUGUGGUUGGCAUUGUCUCAUAUGAGAGAGAGGAGGAAGGAGGAUGACGAUGCUGAAUUCACGAGGAGAUUGAUGAAGAAAUAGCGAGAGGAGAUGUAGAAGUAAUUGGAAGAGGAGGAAGAGAGAAAGAAGCAAAUAAAAAACUAAUUAUCUGAAAAAAGAAUGUAAGUUUAUGGAUUCUUACACGCAGUAGAAUAACCUUAGGAAAUUAAAAAGGUUGAGGAAACUCCUGAGUAGAUUUUGCUAAAGAAAUAAUUGGCAUAGUUUAAUGUGACCAGACCAAGGGAUAAGGUUGAGGCAUACCUUACAAAAAUGAGGGUCAAAGAUCCAUUCGAAUUUUAAUAUCCUGAACCUCAAAAGUAUGAGGCUCCUAAGAAGGAUCCUAAGGGCAAAGUAAAGAAUUUUGUUUAUGAAGUUGAAUGGCCAAAAGUGACUCCGGGGGUUCAAC